AUAUAUAGACUGCUGACUUUUGAGGAGCAAAACCAGAGAAGAAGCGAAAAAUUCCUCUUUGGCCUGUGGGGACUGGGGAGCAUAGAGAGAGAAAUCGAAAUUGUACAUCUAUCAGGACCCUAAUAGGCCUCUCUCUCUUUCUCUCUCUCUUUACAAUCCAAGAGUUUCAAUCCGGAAUUCUAGGGUUUCUUUCUAUCAGAUUUGAAAAAUGAACAAGCUUGGCAGAGGUCACCGAGAUAAGGUUCAGCAAUUCAUGACAAUAACUGGAGCUAGUGAAAAGAUGGCUCUUCAGGCCUUGAAGGCAAGUGAUUGGCAUCUUGAAGGUGCUUUUGAUGUAUUUUACAGUCACCCACAGGUUAGAUCGUAUGCAGAUUCUAGACAUGUGGAAGAACUAUACAACAGAUACAAAGACCCUUAUGUUGAUAUGAUUAUGGUUGAUGGCAUCACUCUUCUCUGCACUGAUCUUCAGGUGGAUCCGCAGGACAUUGUUAUGCUUGUUGUUUCUUGGCAUAUGAAGGCGGCAACCAUGUGUGAAUUUUCCAAACAAGAGUUUAUGAGUGGUUUACAAUCCCUUGGGAUAGAUAAUAUUGACAAGUUCCGAGACAGGCUACAGUACAUGCGUUCUGAACUGAAAGAUGAGCAAAAGUUCCGUGAGAUCUAUAACUUUGCCUUUGGCUGGGCAAAAGAGAAGGGUCAGAAAUCUCUAGCUUUGGAUACUGCAAUUGGGAUGUGGCAGUUACUCUUUGCAGAAAAGCAAUGGCCUUUGGUUGACCAUUGGUGCGACUUCUUACAGGCCAGGCAUAACAAGGCAAUAUCGAGAGACACUUGGUCUCAACUACUAGAAUUUGCAAGGACGGUAGACCCAGCAUUGACCAAUUAUGACGCAGAAGGAGCUUGGCCUUACCUAAUUGAUGAAUUCGUGGAGUAUUUGCAUGAAAAUGGCGUCACUGGAAAAGGGGCGGAGUAAGAGGAGAAGGACCAGGCAUAAAGGCUCAUGCUUAUUGGAACUCGGCAAUGGCUGUGGAUCGAGGAACUCGGCUUCAUCUAUAUAUCCAUAAUGUCAAAGUUUGUGAAUCGAUUGGCAGUUUCAUUGUUAUCUGGUCAGUGUCUUAAUGUUACUAAGGAUGAUUGAUAAUUAAAACUUUGUUGAGUAAUUUGUUUUCAUUUAUGUUAUUGAUUCAGCUAUGUUUUUCUGUAAUUUGUGGUGGUUGAAAGUUAUAUGUACUAAAUUCAAGUAUUUAAGUAGUCUUUUAUUAGUUGGGUUUGAAUAAAGAUUAAUUU